GAUCGCAGCCAGCUUGGCUGAUCGUCGUCAGCGUUGUCAUCGUCAGCGUCAGCGUCGCCGUCGUCAAGUGCCUUGCAGCUUGGAUAUCAGAUAACAAGUACUCAGUCGCACGAUGGAGGCGAAUCUAGCCAUACGUCCACAGGGCUUCGAUAUCGAGCAAGUGCGCCAAGCUGUGGGCAAAUCGUACCUCAGGGAGAAAACCGAGUUCAUGCACUCCAGCGACAAUGUGAUCGAGUUAAUUGAGGCCUUCGGCCAGCUGAUGUCACGGGAGGAGAUCGAAUUUGGUGCCGAGCCGCUGGCCGGACUCCAUGUGGCUGGAAUGAUGCUCUUCAUGCUGCAUCACAAUGACUUGGCCAGCACUCAAGUGCAGCGUACGCUGUUCAUGCAGCGCUGCUUCGACUACAUGGCCUGCACUGAGGAGACGCACGUGCAUGAGCUCUGCACACAGAUCCUCUCGCUACUGGAUCUGAAUCAAUCGGACAAUAUGCUAAACCUGAUCCUCUGCUGCCGCAACGCCAGCACGCUGGGCACCAUGGCCCAAAUCGUGAGCAGCUGCCUGCUCUGGGCUAUGCUCGAUAAGCUGACAGAUCUGGGCUUCGAUGAGUAUCGUUUGCGUCCAUAUUCCGAACUGAUGAUGGCCAUUGCCAUGGUCAAUCCGUUGGUCUAUUUGCAAAACUAUUUGCAUUCGCUCAAUUUGAUAGUGCGCGUCAUUGCCGGACUGCUGAUUGCCGGACCGUACGGCUCCACGGAGAAGCUGCGCAACGAGGUGGGCGUGCCGCAGGAUAUGCUUGAGUUUCCCAAUGCCGAUGCGGCCGUGCUAUUCCGCUGGCUAAACACCAUUGUCGAGGAGCUGCGCGACGAGCUCCAACUGCGCGACGCUCACGUCCAGGAGCGCAUGAUCAUACUGGAGACAUCCUGUGAGCUAAUGAAGCUGGUGCACGCUCAUCUGGCUGAAUUUUAUCAGCGCAUGUAUAGCAUUGGCGACUUCGAGGACGAUGGCUUCGUAUCGGAUCAGCAGUGCGACAACGAUACCGAUUUCGAAUGGCUGUUGUAGCAUUAUCUUGUUUGAGGUUAUGCGCAGCCGCCACAUUUUCUCAAAGAACUUUCCGAUCCAUAUAUUAACUGUUUUAUUAAUAUUAACGAAUAUUAACUAGUAAAUAACUACAAUGCUACUGUGGUACGUGUUAAAUCUGGCCGCAAACGACAAUAUAUCAUUCGCAAGACAUUUUCAAAAUUUCGAAAAUCAUUUUUGAGGUUAUGUGCAUAUGACUUGCUAAUUGAUUUC